AGCCAAACAGGUGUAUUUUUGUAAAGAAGCAACCUAGUCUUCCAAAAUGGGCAAGAAAGGCAAAGUGAACAAACUGGCGAAGAUGUCUGAUGAGGAGCGCGCGCGCUACCUCCAGCACCGCGCUGACCUUGAAGAGGAAGCACGUCGGAGGAAGAGGGAACUCAUUGCCAGGUUCAUUAAGAAUAAGCUAGAUAAAGAGGAAGCCUACGCUCGUCUGAACACAGCGAAGAUAAACCAACAGUGGCGAUUUAUACUGCGGAAAAUAAAAUGCAAGCAAAUGGCGUUGGAUAUUCAGAGUAUGCUGACAAGUUUCAACUUCCUACUGGAUCGUAAGAACAGGCUGAUCACAUCCCUGAUGAACGCCACCAAUGACUCGGAUGAACAGCAUCGUCGUGGCUUCCAGGCCCACACGGAGAAUGUUAGCUAUUUCUUGGACAUAGGAUCUCAACGUCUGGACAAACUACAACUAGAAUACGACAUCCAGAAGAAUGAUCUCCUCGAGAACUGGGACAAAGAAGAUAUGGACCUGGUUGACAGCCAGGAGAGAGCAGAGUUCAAGCUGAAACUCAUCACUUACAUCCAGGACCGAGACUUUCAGGCGCUGAAGAAGAAUAUCGAGACGCUAAGGGCCACGGAGAAGAAUGACGCGAGACUCGAACAUGAGGAAGAUUUACGUGCAUUCUGCGUACCCAAACAGCUGGAGGUGGAGACGUAUUGGGCCAAGCUUCGUGAGGUUUACACUUCAUAUCAGGAACAGCACAACCCCAUCAUGAGCCACUACUACAGCCUCAGAGAGAAGGACGACUUCUACCAGAAGGAAAUAGCCAGAAACGACGUACAGAUACAACUGGCUACUGAUAGUUUACUUAGCCUCCAACACGAAUGGCAAAAGUCGACCAGCACCAUGGCCGACAGGCUGGCUCAUCUGGCGGCUCGUAAGGAGGAACUGACGCAGAAGUACCUGCAGAUGAAGAAGGAUACCAAGGUGGAGAGGAGUCAGGGGAACCAGCAGUUGGCUCUCAUGGUUAACUCCAGCCAGGACGCUAUUAAGCAUCUUGAAGAAUUAAACAACAAGCUAAAUAAAGUAUUACAACUGUCGGAGAUAUGCAGUAAAUAUGAACACGACGGCGACGAGCUAACUAAAGAUAAUGAAAGCGAAAUCGAUUCUGUUGACUUCGAAAAUCUGGAUAGCGCUAUGAUUGAAGAAUGCAAAGAAUACCGCAAAAUGGACAAGUUCCUGCUCAAAGUUAACAGAGCUAAAGUCCAGACAAUCUGCUUGAGGACUGAGAAAGCUAAGCUGGCUAAAGAGAACGUCCAGUUGAAGCACUACAUCAAGCGGUACCUCACCGAAUUGGCGCUUAAGGGCAAGGAGAGGCCGGUCAGCAUGAAGAUACGUUCCCAAGUGGAGAAGAUUGAGUCUAAGGCUUUGAACCGUCCAGUGACCUGCAUAGAAGGAGCUCUAUCGAAUGCUGUACAGCAUGAGAAACGCAUGCGUAGUCUGCAGCGACGUAACAAAGAGAGUGACGUCAGAUCUUACCCUCGUGUGCAAUGCUGGAUGUAAACGAAGAAAUUAUGAGAUUCUAGCUAAAAAUCAAGACUUAUUUAAGCAUGCAAAUGUUAAUUAAAGUUGUCUGGGCUGAGUGCCAAUGUGUUUACUAGUGUUCUGGUUUACAACUUUAUCUGUCUUGACUAACCAUCUUAUUUAAUACAGUAAUGCUGAUACAAACUGUCUAUUUGAAAUGUUUUUUUUAAUAAGGUAUUACCAAUGAUUUAACAACCAGUGAAAUAUUUAAAUUAGAUGUGAGGUAGCCUAUCUUUCAAUUUAGAUCAACACACAGACUAAAUUUGAUUGAAAUUUAUGAGCUUUUCAUAGACAUGUGACACAUAAUUUAUAUUUCGAUAUGAAACUUUUAUGUACCAAUUUUGACAUGAGCAAUU